UUUGCCUCUAAAUUUAGCCUCUGAUUAAAGGCAGGUUUUACGUUUUAUGGACCGCUUUAUAACCUCAGGAUAUAUUUUGUUUUUGUUUAUUUAAAAAAUAAACAUUUUGUAUUUUAGGAAACUCUACAGUCGGAGCUGAAGCGACUCGUAUAGUCUCGUGCAGAGCUGAUCGUGUUUGCGCGUGCACUGGUUUAUUGCAUUAGUACCAUGGCCUCUGAGUGGAACACAAUGAAGGACAGAAGAAGGAUCCUGGGAUAAAUUAGUGCAAGGCUGCAUGGUGUUAUAAAAGCACUGCUCAGUAUUUAGAGAGCCUGGGAUGUUAUUCAGCCUCAGCAUCCUCCAUGUGUAGGGUGUAGUGGCUGCUGUAACUCUAUUCAUUUGCACUGUAAUCUCUAUCUAUUUCUCUCCCUAUAUAUAAAUAUAUUGCUAUGGAUUUCCCUUUCGACCUGAACUCUCUAUUCCCAGAGAGGAUCUCAGUGCUGGAUCACAAUCUGUGUGCUGCCAGGAAACCUCACGGAAGACCUGAAGCCCAGACUCAGACUACCACCAUUAUUGAUGAGUUAGGGAAAGCCUCAGCCAAGGCCCAGAGGCUGCCUGCGCCGAUAACAAGUGCAGCGAAGCUUCAGGCUAACAAACAUUACCUCUACCUGCUGAAGGACGGAGAGAGGAACGGAGGCCGUGGAGUUGCAGUAGGAUAUCUGAAGGUCGGAUACAAGAAGCUCUUUCUGCUUGACCAGAGGGGGGCGCAUGUGGAGACCGAGCCCCUGUGUGUGCUGGAUUUUUAUGUGACUGAGAGUUUGCAGAGACACGGAUACGGCUUGGAGCUCUUCUACUUCAUGCUGGAACACAAGAAGGUGGAGCCUGAACAGAUGGCUUAUGACAGACCUUCCUCGAAAUUCCUGGCCUUUCUAGAGAAACACUUUGAACUUAAGCACAGUGUGCCUCAGGUGAAUAACUUUGUGGUGUUUGAGGGUUUCUUCAGGAACAGAUCAGGCGCUCCUUCUUCCCCUGUGACGGAUCAGGGGAUGUACGGCUUUUUCGGCCCAGUUGAGAAAGGCUCCUCCAAAAAAGCCAGAGGGAGAGAUCAAACCCUAUUCACUAAUGGAGAGAGAGGCUGUGAGAGAGGAGCAGAAGGCCCUCCCGUGGCCGUUCAUCCGCUCCACGGCCGCUCCUCAGUCCCCUCCUCUGGCGGCAUCCUCCCCGUUCUCUCGCUCCCUGAGCGUGGGCUCGUCCCCCAACCGCACUCCUCAUCCACAACCUCACAUCCCUCCACACAUGGUCGACAACUGCAGGACAAAACGCACCAGUUCCCUAAAUAGAUCUCAGCUCGGCUUCCGUUGACCUUUAAACUUUUAACGCAGAACUUUUACGAGCCCGAAGAUUUUUUAGCCAUUUCUCGUCCGGUUGUGUGAUUCGGUCCGUGUAUGGAUGUGGAAAUCGCCGGAAUUGCUCUUUUAGGGAUGUGAAAAUACGAACCCUGGGUUUUUUUUUUUUGUUUUUUUCGUAAUAUAUGGCAACGAAUGAAAAAAGGAAGUAACUUGUAACUUAGAGUAGAUAGGUUUUUGAAAUUUCCUUGUGUUUACUUCAUCAUGGAGCAAACCUGUUAGUGAUUACAGAAGUGUAAAUUCUCCCUGAAAUCCCCUUUCCUGUGGUUCAUGUUUAAUAAAUUUGUCCUGAUACUGAACUUUGAUCUCCAAUAAAAAAACAAAACAAAAAGCACUUCAACAAAAAUGUCAGUUUAAUUAUUUGUUGACGCCCAUGAACCGGAUUAGACGUCAGUGUGUGCUUCACUGAGCUCAGGAAAGAAGAAAUACUGCACAUGAAGUGGGAUGUUAAAAGUUAAGUUCCACGGUCAUUGCAUUCCUUAUUAUUUUGUCCACUUAAUGUUAUGUCCAUGAGCUAUAUAAGUUUGAGUUCCUAAUUAUGUUUCUUUCAUUUGGAUUUUUCCUCUUACGUCCUGUCAUCAUUUUCUUUUCUUUAUGGCAUGCCCCCUCCAUUCCUUCAUCCCCUCCUCCCCUCCCCUCCGUGUGUGUCCACUUCCCCCCCCAU